ACAGGGUUGGAUUUAGAUUGUGGAGAUUUCUACCCUAAGUACACAAAGCCAGCCAUUGAUCAAGGAAAAGUCAGAGAGUCUGAUGUAGACAAGGCUCUAAAAAAUCUAUAUAUUGUUCUGAUGAGGCUUGGGUACUUUGAUGGCAGUCCUCAAUAUAAGGACCUAGGAAAGGAUGAUGUGUGCUCUGAAGAGCACAUUGAGUUAGCAGCUGAUUCAGCUCGGCAAGGAAUUGUUCUACUCAAGAAUAACAACCUCCUACCUUUGAGCCCCACCAAGUACAAGAAGUUGGCGGUUGUAGGCCCUCAGGCCAAUGCCACCAAGGCCAUGAUUGGAAACUAUGCAGGCAUCCCAUGCAGGUAUGUCUCUCCCUUAGAAGGCCUCUCCAAGUACGCAGAGGUCGACUACAAGAUGGGCUGUGAUCAGAUCAUAUGCCGCAACGAGACAUUCAUCUUCCAUGCCGUCGAGGCAUCGAAGCAUUCGGAUGCUACAAUCAUUUUCGUUGGAUUGGAUUUGUCCGUCGAGAAUGAGGGUUUGGAUCGUACCAAUCUCGUCCUUCCCGGCUACCAAACACAGCUUAUUAGAGAGAUUGCCGAUGCCGCUAAGAGCCCCGUCAUUGUCGUUGUCCUCUCUGCUGGUGGGGUCGACAUCAAUUUUGCUAAGAACAAUGGCAAGAUCGGCGCCAUCCUCUGGGCUGGUUACCCCGGCGAGGAAGGUGGUCGUGCUAUUGCCGAUGUUAUCUUCGGAAAAUACAAUCCUGGAGGGAGACUACCGGUCACAUGGUACACGCAAGACUACGUGGACAAGCUCCCAAUGACGUCGAUGCAACUACGGCCCAACGAUGCCUUGGGUUACCCUGGAAGAACCUACAAAUUCUUCAAUGGAUCAACCGUCUACCCGUUUGGAUACGGCCUGAGCUACACCCACUUCGAUUACUCCAUCAAAUCAUCAAGAAGGUCCCUUGUGACGAAGAAGGGCCCAUACCAACACUGCCAUGCAUUGCACUACAAGUCCGACGCAUACGUUCCACCCUGCCCGUCCUUGCUAGUUGAAGACACCAAGUGCGACCAGACGAUCGACUUUGAGAUUGAGGUUCAUAACAAUGGGACGAUAGAUGGCUCACAUGUCCUGAUGGUCUACUCAAUCCCUCCGGCCGACUACGUUGGGGCCCCAGCAAAACAGCUGGUUGGGUUCCAGAGGGUGUUCGUGCGAGCUGGCCGUUCCGUUACGGCGAAAUUCUCACUCGAUGCAUGCAAGACAUUGAGCAUGGUGACCGACACGGCGUAUAUUGUUCUUCCAUGGGGGGAGCACACUAUCCAGGUUGGUGAUGGAGAUGGUGCUGUGACUUUCCCGGUGGAAGUUAGCUUUCAGUAGGAUAUGGAACGAGAGAUUCAUGGAGGGUUAUUCAACGUAGGGUUGAAUAUCAGGGUUUCUUAGUAGAAUAAGAGAAAGAGAAUCUAAUCUUUUAGUGUUUUUAUUUUAUUUUUUGUAAUUUUUUAUACUUCUUGUUUGAUGCUAAUAGUCAUUGAAAUCUGUUUCAGCGAAAGUAUUUAUGAAAAUUUGCUGUUUGAUGGG